AUGGCCAACGCGGGGAAGGCGCCUCUUCUGGGAUGCGGGCCUCCUUCGGCGCUGCCGAUGCCGCCCUCGCUGCUCUACCUGCGCGCGGCAGUGCCCGUCUACCCUCGCGCUCCCAAGUGCGCGCGCUGCCGCAACCACGGCGCGGUCUCGGCGCUCAAGGGGCACAAGCGCUUCUGCCGCUGGCGGGACUGCGCCUGCGCCAAGUGCGCGCUCAUCGCAGAGCGGCAGCGGGUCAUGGCAGCCCAAGUGGCGCUCCGGAGGCAGCAGGCGCAAGAAGAGGCCCAGGAGGAGGAGGAGGAGGAGGAGGAGGAAGAGCAGCUGCCAAGAGAAAAGAUUCAGAAGACUGACUUCUACAACAAAGAACUUGGCAGUUCUGUAGUCCAUGUUUCCAUAUCUUCUGUGAGGUCCUCUCCUGAAACUACUGGAGGCCACAAAGAGAAGCCACUUGGUGUACAGAGUCUAGGUAAAGUGGUUACAAUGGUUCAUCCCUCAAGUCCUCAUGAGUCUUUAGAAGGGACAGACAAUUCAACAUCUCUCUCUUCUUCAGACAUGGAAUCAGGGAAUGAAAGUGAAUGUCCCAAGGACUUGGCUCUCUUCCCUAUCAGAGUUUCUGCUGCAGGUUCUCCUUCAAACACUGUUUCCAGACAGAGAGAUCCACUUGAUAUUCUUAUCAGGGUGUUUCCCAGUCAUAAGCAGAGUAGGCUAGCAAAAGUUCUGCACUUCUGCAGAGGAGACAUAGCCCAAGCUAUAGAACAGAUACUGAAUAUGAAUGAAAAGGAGCAAGAAUUUGGAGGCCGUGGAUUCCUGCCUUUGCCUCAGUGUAGCGCCAUCCAGCGAUCCUCUGAUUUUAAUCUCUUAGGAAUGGAUGUCAAAGCUUUUGGUGGUACAUCAGCAUUUUCUCCUCUUCAAACCAAUCCAUCUCCUUUAGGGAGUGAGGUGAAUUUUUACGGUGUAAAUCCUAGAUUGGGAUUCAGACCUUUGCGACUGGCAUACUCCUCUCCAGGAAGAGCUGUCCCGGCAUUGAUGUCUCCCUACCUAAGGACCAGCCUGUUUCCUGCUUUACCUUUUCAUCCAGCUGUGGACUGUCCCUUCUCGGGAGUGACCAAGGAUGCAUCCUAUUUCCCCAAUAAAGACAUGGUAAUCAGUAGCAAGAUUUACACCAGGUUCAAUGAAACAAACAAAUAGCACCUGAAUCAGGUCUUCAGUUUUGUAGUAUAGUAUAUAUUAUGACUCCCAUAUCUGUGGGUUUUAGAUUCCAGGACUUUGCAUGGAUCUGCAAAACAGAAGAUAUUAAUGAACCCUAUUGAAUGAAAUAUUUUCAGUGGAAGCAUACCACAGAAUCAUGAUAGAGGUCCUAGGAAAUGCCUAUUGUAGACAGCUCUAGGCAUCACUAGGUCCUCUAGUACAGCUGUAUAGCCAGCUUCCAGCAGAAGCCUACUAUAGCGUCACCUGGAGAAUCGAGAAAAUGCCUAGAGAAGAUUUAUUUUGUGAAACCUGAGUUAAUGAAACAAUGGAUAAGGAUCCCGCAGAUAUUGUACUUAUUACAAUGUUUUGAGAUGGGCAGACAUUAGUGUUUGAGUCCAAGUCUCAGGCCCCUUCCACACAGCUGAAUAAAAUCCCACAUUCUCUGCUUUCAACUGGAAUAUAUGGCAGUGUGGACUCAGAUAACCCAACUCAAAGCAGAUAUUGUGGGGUUUUCUGCCUUGAUAUUCUGGGUUAUAUGGCUGUGUGGAAGGGUCCUCGAUGGUACUAUCUUGUAAUAAUGUUUUAAUGUGUAUAGUGCUGAUAUUUUAAUCGUGUUAUAAAGUGGCAUUGUGUUGUUAUUGUAUAUUCUUUGUAUGUUAACACAUGUGAACCGGUCCGAAUCCCUCUUUGAAGGUGAGAGGGUCGGUAUAUAAAACCUCGAAAUAAAUAAAUAAGUAAAUAAUAAAUAAUAAAAAGCUAUUAAGCGACUCUUAAAACUGUAUAUAUCUUUUUUACAAAUAGGAUGUAAUUGUAUUCCCUGAGUCUCGUUCAAUCUUCUUACAAGUUAUUGCUUUUGUACAGAUUUUUAAACUAUUAAUAUUUUGACAUAAAACAAUGUGAAGACCAAUAGAAUUCUAGAAUAUUAGCAAUAUCAAACUUCAUUAGAAUUAAGCACUGUGUUUAGAUACAAGCUUUCUUAUAUAUUUUCAUACUUUCGUGAUGGGGGAUAUGUGGAAUUUAAGACGUUUGAAAAAAUGGAAACAAAAUUACAGAAGAAAUCCAAUAAAUUA